GUCGAGCGAGCAAGAGCGGAGCCCGAUCCGUGAGGUGUCCGUGUGCCCUAACUUAUGACUUAGUACUGUAAGUACCUAGGUACAGCCAUAGGGAUCUCUGCAGACGAUGCUUAUUUCUUUAGUCUCUCAUGGGGACCCGAGAGAACUCCGUUUCAGCGGUGUAGUAGAAUUUAGUCUGCAACCCGUUACUGCUGACGCCAUUCCGCUGAUCACUGCUGACGCCACUUCAUUACCUUUUACGGGAGAGGAUGCUCACUUGCAGGUGCUUCUUAGACCUUCCGAAUUUCCUGAAAAUUCCUCUGUGAAGUGUCACGAACGUACCAGCUUCCUCCCAACAAUGUCUUCGCCAAUCUCCGGAGCUUGUCUCUGCGGCGCGCUUCAAUAUGAGUUCGACGCCGGCGACUGGAUUAUCGCCCUCUGCCACUGCAGCAAAUGUCAAAUCUCCUCCGGCGCCGUCUUCAGCUACAACGCCUGCGUUCCCGCAUCCUCCUUCCGCCUCAUCUCCCCACCGGCAUCCGUAACCGUCUACCGCACCGAGGGGCCGCGGCAAGCGUCCGGCUACCCCUCUCUACGAAACUUUUGUAAUGUCUGUGGAACGACUUGCUGGACGCAGUGCGAGAUGGGGCCGGAUACUGAAACUCGCUAUGUAAAAAUGGGGACGGUCUUGAAGCAUGGGCUGGAGGGGUUCUGGCCAUAAACUUGUGCACGCGGAUAUGCCACUGCUCUGGCUGCACUCUCGCUCUU